AUGCUGGUGACCUAUUUGAAAGCCAGCCGGGACCUUUGCGAGACGGACUCAAUUCUUUUUGGUACAACUCUGGCAGAAUGCCGUAUUAUAGGCGCCAAACUUUUCACGGCUGGACGCUCUACUGGACAAAAUAUCGCUAUCCCAGUCUGGAGAAUAAGAAUUGAAGAACGUAUCGCAAAGGCUAGGGCCCUCAUCGGCAGACUAAUAUGCUUCAGGUCAGGCAAUAACAGGCUAAUGAUUGUGCACACCCUCAGGAUGGCAUUUGCUGGGACGAAUAUUAGUUUGUCCCAGCCGCAUAUAAUGCAAAAACUAACGGAGCGCAUAGACGAUCACGAUGAAGAAAAUGCAGAGAAUCUCUGCUUGGUUCAACCAGAAUCGUCUCUUUCAGAGUGA